AUGACUGACCCAGACAAGGUUCCAAUCUUUAACAUGCCACCACCGCCAUUCGCCUCAUCCAACACCGAUAUCAAUAAUAUGAGGCCUCAAUUCCCAAUGAACAAUGAACGCUUCGAACCAUCUUCAUCAUUGGAUCGUUCCCAUUCCUUCAACAGGCCAAGAAUUUCUGACAACAAGCAUUCCAACGAAUUGAUGGGCCCUCCUUCAAGGAUGAAUCAUCCUCCAUCAAACAGACCAACCGACAACAUUUUCUUCAAGACCCGUCUUUGUUCUAACUACAGUUUAGGUAGCUGCAGAAAAGGUGAAUAUUGUAGCUAUGCUCAUGGGAAAGAAGAGUUAAGGAAGCCACCGCCAAACUGGCAGGAGCUCGAACGGCUGCAAUUGGGUGGGAAUAGGGAAAAUUAUAGCUCUCUUCACGAGGAUACUGCUAAGUUUAGGAAUGAUUCUGGGGAAACAAGAGAGUCCUCUGCAAUCGUCAUUGAGACUAUUGGUAAUAAUUUUGAAGGCAAUAAGACUGGGACCAAGCCACCUAGGGGCACUUGUUGGAAGACUAGGAUCUGUCCCAAGUGGAAGGAUACCCGAAGCUGCUCCUUAGGUGAUUACUGUAACUAUGCUCAUGGAGAUGCAGAUUUACGAAUUCCUGGUGGAGGCAUUGAAACUGCAUUUGCUAUAUCAAAUUCAUCAAAAGCUGGCAUUCCAACUUUACGAACUACAGGUUCUUCUGCCAAGUAUGCACCUACCUUACCAUCAAGUGUUGCUAUAGCAAAUUCAUCAAAAGCUGUCAUUCCAACUUUACGAACUACAGGUUCUACUGCCAAGUAUCUACCUGCCGUGCUAGCAAGUGCACCUGCGGAGACGGAAGAAGAGAAGAAGGCCAAGAAGGAAUUACUUAGGAAUAAAAAAUUAAACAAGGUCAACCGUAUUUAUGGCGAUUGGAUUGAUGAUUUACCUCCCGAUCGUCCUGAUUUGCCAAGAGAGCCCUGA